UCUCUAAAGUACUACCGCACAAUAAUAAAUAAAUAGUUGGAAUGCAAAAUGAUUCCAAAAUCUUUUGAGGAUAUUUCCAUUAUCCGAGAUCUCGACAGUCGAUAUUUCGGAUGUCUUGACUUAUCUGAUCCUAAAAAUUUGGAAAUAAAAGCCGUAGUUCAGAAAACUGUAACUACCAUACAAGAUGAUAUUGCCUUUUAUAUCUCUAAAAAUUUGAUUGUUACACAUGAACUAACAUCAAAAGUGUUUGACAAUAACUCAACAGGAAACACUCCCCCCGAUGAUAGCAAAUUGCAUGAUGUGGAAAAUAAAGUAAUAGGUUUUUUCGAGGAGGAAACAUUGGCUAAGAACCAAUUUAAAAACGCCCUCUGCAAACUUGGUCACCUGCAUCUUCUGCUUGGUGAAUAUUCAGAAGCUCUAUCGGCGUACCAAAAAUAUUUAAGGUUCAAUCGGAAUAAUUAUUGGAAAAAUCAUGAAUUUAUAUAUGGAAUAGGCGUUGCUUACUUUAAACUAAGAUGCUUUAAAUGGGCAAUUAAAUCAUUUCAGGAGCUUUUAUACCUAAACCCCAAUUUCACAUGUGCCAAUGAUGUUCAUUUACGAUUGGGUUUUAUGCUGAAGCAUUGCGGUGAAUAUCACAUUGCCUUAAAACAUUUACAAUUGGCGCUGCUCUAUACGUAUCCAUCGACUUUUUCUGAACUGCAUGUCAAGUUUCAAAUUGCUCAUCUUUAUGAAGUGCAAAAUAAGCAUAAGGCCGCAAAGAAAGCUUAUGAAUUUUUACUCAAUGACAAAAAUAUAUCAUUGAAGUUAAGGGCAGAUGUUUAUAGACAACUUGGGUGGAUGUACCACUGCGUAGAAUGCCUAGGCGAAAAAAAAGAACGUGAAUCAUGCGCAUUGACUUUUCUUCAAAAGUCUAUUGAUGCUGAUCCAAAAAGUGGCCAGUCAUUAUAUUUAUUGGGCAGAUGCUACGCAGGAAUAAAUAAGGUCCAUGAUGCCUUUCUUGCAUAUCGAAAUUCUGUAGAAAAGAGUGAAGGAAAUGCGGAUACCUGGUGUUCUAUUGGUGUUUUAUAUCAACAACAAAAUCAACCGACGGAUGCACUUCAAGCGUACAUUUGUGCUGUGCAAUUAGAUAAAGAUCACAAGGAAGCUUGGACAAAUUUGGGAAUUCUUUAUGAGAGCUGCGGUCAACUACGAGAUGCCUAUGCCUGUUACUUAAAUGCAACUAAACAAGUUUCGUGUCAGAAGGCCACCAUACUUCGAAGUGAGGAAACUAUACCCAUGAAUAAAGACGCCAUUGGGUUUUCGAAAGGCUUAUCACAACGUAUAAAAUUUUUGGAGAUUCAACUCGGCCAGGCACCUCUACCAAGUAUUACAUCAAAGCGGCGUCAGCUAUGUUCGAUUGAAGAAGCUUGGAAUCUUCCAAUUUCAUUAGAAAUGAAUUCCAGACAACAACAAACAGCUCAGAUGCUGCCAAGACAGGGUCCUCCUCCACCAUAUCCGCACAGAGAAAUAAGUGAAAGUCCCACGCCUGCCAAACGUGUAAAAGAUGAUGCUCUAAAUCCAAUCUACAAUCGAUCGGAACAAGACUGCCAAGAUACAAUACAGCAAAACAAAACACAAUAUAUACAAUUUAACCAAAAUAUAAUAACAACAUUAAGUACUCACAAUUUAGAUAAUGUACAAGAAGGGAGACUGAUUUCGGAACAAUCUAUUUUGGAUUCUUAUGAAUAUAUUUCUAACGACCUUUAUACAAAAAAUACAAAUUGUAAAUUUGAGCCUAGCACUAUUUUAUCUAUAAACAAUGAUGAAACUAGUCGGCAUUUAAACGAAGAUUCAGAAUACACAGAUUUUAAUGUGAGCGCAUCCAUAUCCGAUUUAUCUCAAUCAUUUAAAAUACAAAUGGAUUCAAAGCAGUUGUUGUCAGCUGUGAAGCUUCUAACAAUCGAAGAUCCACCCAUAAACUGUACAGUUUUACAAGUUAAUACGCCGCCUCCAACGCCACCCGACUGUCCACCACAAAAACUAUCGAGGGAUCAACUUUUACCACCUACUCCGUCUGUUCAUUUAGAAAAUAAAAAAAACGCAUUCAGCCCCCAGCUGCAAGAAUUUUGUUUAAAACAUCCAAUAGCAGUUGUGCGUGGCUUAGCUGGUGCUCUGAAGCUUGACUUGGGGCUCUUCUCUACGAAAACAUUAGUCGAGGCAAAUCCGGAUCAUAGUGUGGAGGUCAGAACACAAGUGCAUCAAUCACCUGAUGAAAAUUGGGAUACAUCGCAAGCCAAGCGCGUUUGGGCCUGCAUAUCACACCGAUCUCAUACAACAAUUGCAAAAUAUGCACAAUAUCAAGCCUCCAGCUUUCAAGACAGCCUUAAGGAUGAAAAUGAUAAAGGAUAUGCAGGUUCCCAAAUAAUGUCGGAUUCUGACUCAAAGGAUUCGGUAUCUAACUCCAACAUUACUUUAAAACGCAAAAAACACAAGAGCAGCAGCAAAAUGUUAAGAUUUGGAACCAAUGUGGAUCUGUCUGAUGAGCGAAAAUGGAAACCACAAUUAAGUGAAUUGCAAAAAUUGCCGGCUUUUGCUCGAGUUAUCUCCGCCGCCAACAUGCUGUCUCAUGUUGGACACGUAAUUUUGGGAAUGAAUACAGUUCAACUUUACAUGAAAGUUCCCGGAAGUAGGACACCUGGUCAUCAAGAAAAUAAUAACUUUUGCUCAAUCAACAUUAAUAUUGGUCCUGGAGAUUGUGAAUGGUUUGCCGUUCCCGAUGCUUACUGGGGUGGAAUUCAUAACUUAUGCGAAAAGAACAAUAUCAGUUACCUUCAUGGUUCGUGGUGGCCUGUCUUAGAAGAUUUAUACAAAGAAAAUAUACCCGUUUAUAGAUUUAUACAAAAACCCGGAGACUUAGUUUGGGUAAAUGCCGGAUGUGUUCAUUGGGUUCAAUCUGUAGGAUGGUGCAAUAAUAUUGCCUGGAAUGUUGGACCACUAACCGCACGUCAAUAUUCACUUGCCAUUGAACGAUACGAAUGGAAUAAAUUGCAAGCAUUUAAAAGUAUUGUACCAAUGGUUCAUUUAAGCUGGAACCUAGCAAGAAAUAUAAAAGUGUCAGAUAAAAAACUGUUUGAAUUGAUCAAAAUGUGCUUAUUGCAAACGUUGAAAAAUAUAUUGCACACACAAGAAUACGUAAAAUUUAAAGGAGUGGAAAUACGAUUCAAUGGUCGUGGGAAAAACGACGCAUCACAUUAUUGUGGUCAAUGUGAGGUUGAAGUUUUUAAUGUACUUUUUAUAAAAGAACAGGAGAAGCGGCACGUUGUUCAUUGUCUAUCCUGUGCACUGAAACUAUCUCCCUCACUGCAGGGCAUUGUUUGCCUGGAAGAAUACCGCCUAUCGGAGCUGCAGCAUGUGUACGAUUCGUUCACAUUAUACAGAACACAAGGGCUAGCAUACACUCAGUAAAACGAACCAUUUAUUUACAUAGAACCAUUUAAAUAAAAAAUGUCUAUCAUACAGCCUACACUCAGUAAAAUGGAAAUAGUUUUAAGUUAAUUUAAAUAAAAUAAUAAAUGAUUAAUAUUUUAAAA